UGUGUCUGAGUCCUGGCACCAGUCUGCUCUGCAAGCAGUGAAAGGUGGAGAGACUUUUCACCAUCACACUCUCUGACUGUCACACACACACACAGAUACACACACAGACACACUCUGCGCGACAAACGGGGACCCUUCGAAACGUAACAGGACUAUGGACCUGAGCCUGCGAGAUGCACUGGGUGGGGGUGGACACGGGGUGCCAGGUGGCGCCCCUGCCGAUGCCCUGCUGAAGAGAGACUUCGUGGCCUCGCUGGAAAAAGAGAGCUUCGAUGACAAGGUGGGAGAGAGCAUCUCCAAGAGCGACUACCGACCCUUACUGGAUGGAAAGGACAUGAAGAGCGGUCAAGGAAUGAUGUCAUCAAUGAUGUCAUCAGGGGGACGCCAGGACCCACCAGGACAGUCGGCCUUCAGCUCUGACUAUCUGUCAGGUCCCAUGAUGGGAGGGAAGACAGAUCAGUGGAGCCAGAACAAGGCAAAAGACAGCAGCAUGCCCGACUCAUUUCUAGGCUUCUCUCAGUCUGGGAUGGGAGGGACCAUGGGGACCGGACUGCCACCAUUCCAGACCUCUAUGGGCUCCACUCUCGGCCAGACUGGGAUGGGUUCAGCCAUGGAUACCCAGAAGAGUUCCGGCCUGUUCGGUAUGGAAAACAAAAACACCAGUAACACCGGUGGAAGCAGCCCCUUUAAAACCAGUGAUCUGUUUUCCUCUGGUGGCCAAGGAAUCCUCUCUAUGGAUCACUCCACAGCUCCCGCCCUUUCUUCCGGCGGCUCAAUGGACGACAGCAGUACCGCUUCCUCUACCUCUGAACCCCUCAGCCCCGAGCGAGUGGGGCCAGGGGGCGAGGCUGGCAAACAGCAGCAGAGACGGAAGAAGAAGAAGAGGAAGAGCCACAGCGAGGUCUCCAGCUUCUCGGAUAGCCAGGAGAAUAAGGUCGACCGGUCAGAUAAGCAUGGGACGCAGGAUAAGGAGGCAGAGGAGGACGAGGAUGAGAACUGGGAGAGGGAGAUCAGAGAGAGUGGAGGAGGGGGGAGAGUAAAAGGCAAGAAGACUAAGAGUCGGGCCAGACUUCCAGAGGAGUGGGGUGCGCCUCAGCAACCCGUCUCUCCAACCCUUGCUUCAGUCGCUCCUGACUGGGCGACAACCGCCAACUCUGGUCCUUCUGACUCCAAAACUCCAAACCUCAGCCCUCGCCCUGUUUCCGCCCAUACACAAAUACCCACAAGUUUUACCAACAGUUCCCACGCUAGCCUCGUAGCAGAUUCCCCACCACGCUCAUAUGAGCCAAUGUGUGUAGACGAUUUCCCCAUAUCAGCUAAAGACGGUCAAAAAGCAAAAGAGGAGAACGUUUCCACCGCUAAACCUGAACACAAUGUUAGCGUAGCUGCUAGCGCUGCCACCACCAAGGGCGGUUUGGCUGGAGAUGCUAGUAGUAGUAGCCUAGCGAUUAUGACAGGAGACAAUCUGAGCCCAGUCUCCCAGACCUUCUCUUUUCUGGACUCGGUCCUCCAGACUCCUCCAGGCUCCACUUCCAACUCCCAGACCACCACCCCAAUCACCCCCUCCCUUGCUACUGCUCCCUUAACAAAAACCACCCCAGCAGAAAGCACCUCCCCUGCUUCACAAGUCAGUUCUGCUUUAAGUCCUUCCAAGAUCACUCCAGACCCUCUUUCCACUUAUGCUCUGUCCACCGUCACAUCGCCCUCGGCUGCUUCAGACAAGCACCCUCCAAAAACGGCGAUCGGAUCAGCUCUCAACGCUGAUGCCAAACCUUUUGUCCCCUCGGCCUCUCUCAUGGCCUCUAUGGCCACGCCCUGUAUGGACAUAGCUGCUCCAGUCGUAAGUACAGCAGCAGCCUCAAUGGGAAACAUUCCCACCGCAUCCACUGCCAUGUCAGCCAUGCCCCUUAGUCCCUCAGCUUCCCCCUUUAAGAAUGAAGCCACUCCCACUCCACCCAAGGACACCCCCCUCCAAAAUGUAGCCACGCCAGCUAGUUCAGCGACAGUCACUCCCCCUCCCUCCAUCACCCCCGCAGCCCCUCCCUCUCUCCCUGCACUCUCAGAGCACCAGGAGUCCUCGUCGCCACAGCUCCCCCCACUGGAAGUGAAAUCUGACAACAAGGACAAACAAGAGAAGGCGGACUUCAUGUCCAGCAAGACCGACGCUUUUGACAAAAAAGAGAAAGACGAGCAGCAGAAGAAGGACAACGCAGCCGACAAAAAUCAGAAGAUCGUCAAGGAUGAUGACAAAAUGGACAAGAUGAAUGCGGAGAAGAACAACAAGGCCAACGAGAAGGCGGAGAAAGUGGACAAGCCGGAGAAGACCAACAAAGACGAGAAGAAGGAAGAGGAGAAGAAGCCGGCCGAGAAGAAGGAGGAGAAGGGAGGUAAAGGGACGGCCAAGUCCCCGACAGGAAACAGUGGCAAGACCCUGCCGAGCCCUGACAGCAAGAGCAAGCCUGAGAUGGUUUCAUCGAAACCAAACUCAGCCAGUUCCCGCCCAUCCACCCUCUCCACCAAUGGCGUGGCCACUUCAGCCAAACACCCCUCCCCCUCCACAGCCCCAGCCAAUAAAAAAAGUCCUGCCCCCAAGGCGACCACACCCACCGCUGCCAAGCGGCCACCAACUGGCUCUGCCAAGGCUGCUAAGACUCCAGAAAACGGCACAGCUGAGAAACGCCCACCUGUGCAAAAGGCCAUGCCCACACCUCGCCCGACGGCCAAUAAGAAUGGCUCCUCUGCAAACGCUGCCAGUAAAGCUGCAGCAAAUAAGAAUGAGAAGAAUGAGAGUAAGACAGGAGAGGCCAAGAAACCCAAGACUGCAGCUCGUCCUCGCCCUGUUUCCUCCACCACUCCUGCUUCUCAGGCUGCUUCAACCAACGGGGACGCCGCUCACCGCCGCAGGGUCAUCACCAAACCCCCUGUGCCCAAGCAGACCCCGAUGGAGAAGAAGCCGCCAGUGCCCCGUGCUCCCCGAACCCCCCGACCCAUCAACGCCCCAACACCUGACCUGAAGAACGUCCGCUCCAAGAUAGGAUCCAUCGACAACAUAAAGUACCAGCCGGGUGGAGGAAAGGUGUCCUCCACACCGAACAACAAGACAUCAGACCCCUCCAACCCAGCCGCCAAGGCCAGAGUUCAGGUAGUGCACAAAAAGCUGGACUUCAGCCAUGUCACGUCUCGCUGUGGCUCCAAGGACAAUAUCAAACAUGUCCCUGGAGGUGGCAAAGUGCAGAUCCUGAAUAAGAAGGUCGAUGUGAGCAAGGUGACGUCCAAAUUGGGUUCCAAGGACAACAUGAAAUAUAAGCCAGGUGGAGGGGACGUGAAGAUUGAGUCGCACAAGUUAAACAUUAAAGCCAAGUCAAAGGUCGGAUCCAUGGACAACAUAGGGCCGGGAAACGGACAGACCAACGGACAUAAGGAGGAGAAAACAGAGGAGAAAACAUCUUCACCCCCGAGUGGCGCUCCAACAACAGGACCAGCAGGCGUUGCCAAGGCAACCGCACCAGGAGGUGUUUCUAAGGAGAACGGGGUGAAGGAGGCUACGACUAAUCCUUUUGGGGGAGAUGGACUGAGGGAGCCCCUUAGCAUAGACAAACGCAUCACUGAGACAAAUUGAGUCUCAGUGACAUGUAGAUUUUGGUGGGACGGGCAUGACCCUCGCCGACCUGCCAAUCAAACCGACCGACCAAACCCACCACGGCGCAGUCACUUUCCUCCGGCCCCGCCCCUUCAUCUCGCCCACCGCAGCACCGAAACUGACCGAUCGCCUCUCAGUGUUUCUCUAGGGGUCCACCUACAAGCUUCCUGCUAACCAACCCUGACCUUUGACCUCUAGAUGCCAUUCUGUUAACCAGUGGCUCUGCCCACAACAGAGAAGAGCACUUGGUGUCUUUGUCCGUGUUUCUCUGUGCAGGGUCCAAGUGUUUUCUCCACUGUUACAAUUCCCCUGACAGCUCAACAAAAUAAUCACUCAAAUGAAAAUGACUGCACUGAAUUAUUCUGAUCCCAGCCACUUUUCUCAUUGAGUAUUUCUACCAUGCAUAUCCCUAAAGCACAGCAUGCUGCCUCUGUGGUUUAUAAAAUGUCAUGAUUCUCACAAGCAGCAGUAAAAAUGUGCAGGGACAGGCGCUUCUGUAGAGCAGAGAAGGUGUUAUCUGAGAAGUUUAGAAAUAGAUCAAAAAGAAUGGACUUAGAUCUUAGAGUAAAAAAAAAAAAAUCAGUUUCUGUGUCAGCAUAGGAUUCCAGUCCUCCUGCUCUGACUAAUCACUUGAUCCGGACCCUUGCACAUAUAUAUGACCCCUGACCCCCAGCGGAGAGAGACGGCAGACGGACACGCUCAGUGCUCUUCUUCUCUCUUGUGACACACUUCAUUUCUUGGUCAUGUGGUUUCACCCCAGUGAAGAGAGGGCAGGGCUGUAAGAGCUUCACCCUCUUUCAAAGUCCUCCCUCUAGUCAGUGCGUCAGAAUCCUCUCUGAGAGACCUGCUAACUCUCUUCACACAAUAACACAGAAGCACAGAUAUAUAUAAAUAUAUAUAUACAGGAAAGCACACACAUGCUUGUUGGUGUGCAUGCACACAUACACAGACACAAACAGAGAUCAGCACAUUUACACACAGACAGUAUCACACACACACACACACACACUGACACACAUCAGUCAAACAAACACAGUCAGCUCGUCAUGGCUUCAUUUCUCUGUCCUGGAAAGAAAUCGCCUCUUUAUUGUGUUUUUGGUGGUAUCUGCUGAUAUUGUUAAAACAACGAUGAGCUGUGUUGGUGCAUCCCCCCCCCCCUUCAUAGUCUCACAUUGUCAUCAUAGGCUUGCCUCAUCCUGCCCUCUUUCUUGUGUGCUUCCUCUGUCUGUCUUUAUCUCCAACUUUGUGACAGCAAUACAGUGACUGUAGUCGGCGACGCCCCCUUGUUAGCCCUGCGAACAGAUUUCACACGAAUAGAGAAAGACAGACGGGCGGAGAACGACCACGGGUACGACGCAUAGUUAAGCGGAGGAGGAAGACCUGUAAGCUUUAUGGAUUCAUGUGACAUUCAUGGCAAGUCUGAAGUUGGCAUUAUUAGCAGCUUUUUAGUGAGUCAGUGAUUUAUUUACUAGUGACUGUGCGGUCGAUGGAGGGGUUUUAGCACACCACGUGAGGUGACUACGACACGGUGACAGCAGUUUGUAGUGUCUCACAUAUUUCCCUCAACAUCUGUAGUGUACAUAGACGCAUUAUAAAUUCAUCCUUUCCUCCUUUUUUUUUUGUUCUUUAUAGAAUAUAACUUGGUUAUACAAAAAUCAUUGAAACUCUUUGAGGGGUUAAAUGUGUUUGAAAUAAAAAAUAAAGUUACUUCACGGGAAUACAUGAACUGAUUAACCAGGAAACGCCAUGAACGCAGCAAUACGUCAGAAAGGCAGAAGCAACAUCCAAACGCUCCUUGUAGAGGAACAGUUUGUACUUUUUUUUUUAAGACGAUAAAAGUCUUAAAAGGUUCGUACACUGGAAAUCUAAAGCGUUGGUUGAAGAUUUAAAGCGAUGGUCGAUGAGUACGUUUUGAUCCGCUUUCACAGACGUUCAACAUCUUCAGUGAUCUAUCGAGAAGAAAAUAUUUAAACCUUUUUUUUAUUUUGUAUUGAUUUAGAAAGCCAGCUUAAUACAGUUUUUUGCAUUUUCCUCCAACAAUGCUGUGAUGUGACUUUGAUUUACACACCAGGAGCGUAAAAAGCAGACAAUAUAAUGGAGAAGGUCAUAUCUACUCACUGUAAUUCUAUGCAUUUUUGCACCGCUAGGGAAGGUCUUCACUGAAACUCUGAAGGAUUAGCGACGUGUUUGUGACUUUUUUGCCGUAGUUGUCAGAUGUGUGAAGUGUUACUACUGCAUCCAUCCUGUAGGGAGCGCUGUUA